CACACACAAAUCGAAUCGGUGAAGCUUCAACAAACAAACAAACCAACAAACAAACGAACACACACAUUGAAUGAUCUCCGUUUCCUUUGGAUUCACUCUCGCGCAAAACACACAACAACAACAACAAAUAUAAUAUCUUUCUCAUUAGUUGCUGACUUGUAGUAACAUCUCACCUAAUCUCUCAAAGAUCUAAACUUUAUUCAAAGAUCGAAACUUUCUCUCCAAUGUUCUUCUUCUGAUCUCCCCCAAAACAAAGAGAAUGGUGGAACCACUUCCCAUCACCAGGAGGCGAUUCCUCUCAUCCCACAGAUCCCUCGUCACCGUCUUCUGGAUCGCAGCUUUCGCUUCCUUGUUCAUCUGGCAAUCCCGCGGCAGAGGAGGUUCCUCCUCUCUCUAUCGCGGUGGCGGCGGACUCUCCUCUGUUUUCUGGUGGACGACGACGACGACGCUAACAACAACAAGAGCAACAAACUCCGGCGAGUUCCCUCGGCUUAGACCAUUCGCCUUCAAUCUGACGGACUUCGGAGCGGUGGGGGAUGGGGUCACCGUCAACACCGAGGCGUUCGAGAGAGCUGUCUACGCAAUCUCGAAGGUUUCGAAGAAAGGAGGUGGGCAGCUUAAUGUGCCUCCUGGUAGGUGGCUCACCGCUCCCUUUAAUCUCACUAGCUACAUGACUCUGUUCCUCGCUGAAGACGCUGAGAUCCUUGCUGUCCAGGAUGAGACGUUAUGGCCUCUGCUUCCUCCUUUACCUUCGUACGGUUAUGGAAGAGAGCAUUAUGGACCUCGUUAUGGAAGUUUUAUUCAUGGACAGAAUCUCAAAGAUGUCGUCGUCACCGGAAACAACGGAAGCAUCAACGGGCAGGGAGUUUAUUGGUGGAAGAAGUAUCGCGCAAAGCUUCUAAACCACACAAGAGGACCACUGGUGCAGAUCAUGUGGUCAACCGACGUUGUUUUCGCCAAUAUCACUCUCCGUGAUUCUCCCUUUUGGACACUUCACCCAUAUGACUGCAAAAACGUCACAAUCACAAACAUGACCAUUCUAGCACCUGUCUUCGAAGCUCCAAACACUGACGGUAUCGAUCCUGAUUCGUGCGAGGACAUGCUAAUAGUGAACUCUUACAUUAGCGUGGGGGACGAUGGGAUUGCGAUAAAGAGCGGUUGGGACCAGUAUGGAACUAACUAUGGACGUCCUUCAAAGAACAUUCUCAUCCGCAACCUCAUCAUCCGCUCCAUGGUUAGCGCUGGUAUAUCAAUAGGAAGCGAGAUGUCUGGUGGCGUCUCAAACAUCACGGUUGAAAACAUUCUGAUAUGGAGCUCACGGCGUGGAGUCAGGAUCAAAACCGCGCCGGGAAGAGGCGGCUACGUUCGUGACAUAACGUUCAGGAACGUCACGUUGGAUGAGCUGAGAGUUGGCAUUGUGGUCAAAACCGACUACAACGAGCAUCCGGACGGUGGAUUCAACCCGCAAGCCUUCCCGGUGCUGGAGAACAUAAACUACACGGGGAUAUACGGUCAAGGAGUGCGUGUGCCGGUGCGUAUGCAGGGGAGCAAAGAGAUUCCGGUUAAAAACGUAACGUUCAGGGACAUGUCGGUGGGGAUAACGUACAAGAAGAAGCACAUAUUCCAGUGUGCGUAUGUGCAGGGGCGUGUGAUAGGCACCAUCUUCCCGGCUCCUUGUGAGAAUCUUGAUCGGUAUGAUGAACAGGAACAGUUGGUGAAGCAUUCUGAUUCACAGAAUGCAACGGAUAUAGAUUAUGAGAUCUGAGCCUGGUUUGAGUUUGGUCUUUUUAUUUUGCUGAGGCUAGUUUUAUAUUUUUUUUAUAGAAAAUGGAAAUGUGGUGAUCUUUUUGGACAAGUCUUUGGCUACUGAAUGUUAAUAUCUUUUACCA